AUUUCAGAUAUUUGUUCAAUGUUUUGGUAUGUUUAUGCGAGUUUUUCUUUUUACUGUAGCACAUUAUAAUCAAUUAUACGAAGGAAUACAGUUAUUCAAUCUUUUAUGUCUCAGUAUUUAUUCGCAGCAGGCAACUUGUGUCGGUAUACGGCAAAGUUAUUGGACGGAAAUUCGGUACCAAGUUAAAAUAGAUGCCACGUUGUACUGCAUAUAAUUGUACACACAUCACUCGCCGCGCCAAUGCUGGUGACAAUGGGGGGGUAUCAUUAUUCAAGUUCCCCAAAAAAGAAAAGCUUUGCCAGCUGUGGAUUCAAGCCUUGGGAAGAGAUGAUUUGAAUGAGUUUACCAGCAGUCAACUAAAAAGUCUUGGUUUAAGAGUUUGUCAGUUACACUUUAAAAAAGACGACGUCUAUGAAAAAGAAUCUAAGCAUUUUUUGAGGAAGAAUGCUGUUCCAAUAACAACGUCGAAAAAUAGAAAACCGAAACUGAAUGUAAAUGAAAAAAAAGUAACUGAUGAAUUGCCACAAGAAAACUUUGUAGAUGAAACUACUAAAGAAUUGGGACCUGCAACCCCUGUUAAUCCGUUAAGCAGGUUAUCUGUACAGGAGUUGCGGGACUCACUUUGUGGUGUUGAUACAAUAUGGUAUUGUGCUGUACCCAUGUGCAACAAUAAUUCAAGGCAGCAUCCACAUCUUGGGUUCCAUUCACUGAAUUCGAACCAAUUAUCAAAGAUUCCUACGUGCAAUGAAAAACGAGUCAUAUAUGAAUGGAAAUAUUUCUUGGAGGAAACAAUGAAAUUGUGGAAAUUUGAACUAAAAAACCAAAUAAUAACCAGUCAAGAAUAUAAAAUUUGCUCCGUUCAUUUUAAAUCAAGCUUAUUUGACAUUCAACCGGAUUUAAAUAGACCUGGCAAAGACGUUAAACUUAAAAUCUCAGCAUCUCCAUGUUAUGAUCCAGUGUAUUCAAGUUAUGUUCAUGCUAAAAGAAGGCUUGACACAAAGAGGCCUCUGGUCCCGCUAAAAUUUAUCCGGGAAAAUCAAUCCACGUGCCAAGAUUCAACAGCUGCAACUAGUAAUAGUUUGGUGAUACCAUACUCUACUAAUGAAGACUUUUUCCCUCCUUCAAACACUGAGAUGUUUCAACAUUCUGAAGACACUCAGAGUUUAGAGGCUACAUACACAGAACACUUAAAGUUCAUAAAAACUUUAGAUCUACCUCAAAAGCCUUCCUUUAGUACAUUUUGUAAAAUGAAACGAAAAUUAGCAAAAAGCAACGUAGCACCAACUUCUGCUUACACUUCUCAAUCUUCCCUCCAACCUAGUAAGAACUCAGUUGGAAAUACCCAGUUUGUUUUUAUGCCAAAAAAUGGCCAAAUGAAACAUCAACAAUCUUGCCUAAAUUCUUCACACACAUCAUCUUUCAGCAGUGAUUUCCCAAGUAUUAAAAAGUUAAAAUUCGUACAGGCUCACGAAUUACCAAACUAACCUUGGCUUUGAACUUUUAACAUUGCAUGAAGCUUGGUAAUGGUGUGACUUCUUAAAGGAUGGAACUACACAGACCAAGGUUCUUUUCAAUAUAGUUUUAUAUAGAAGUUAUACAGCUUGUUAAUAAAUUUUUAUACAGCUUGUUAAUAAAUUUUUAAUAGGUUCAGAGUUUUUUUUGUUAAAGAUGGUAUUAUUCUGGAGUGAUUUAUAUUUUACAGACAAAAAGUUUGUUCAGCUAGUGAUAAAGUAUUUAUUACUGUGCAAAUUAUUAAAAUAAAUUUAGUUUAUGUU